GGUCCUUUUCCACAAAGAAAGAUGGCGGCGUCCAUGGUGUUCCGGAGGACGGCAACAUUUUGCGGGACUUUUAAAGGGAUUUCAUCGUUUAAAACCAAUAUUCCUGCCAACCUACAACGGGGGCUCUUGAUACAGAUAGCACACUACAAUCCCAAACCUUUAAAGCUGAACCUCCGUGAUCCGUAUAUCCCGGAUAAGGAGAACGAAAAAACUCCGGAGUGGCAGAAGACGUUCAAGUACGACCGCAAGCUGUACGGGCGAUACGGGUCCGCGUCGGGAAUCGACCCUGCAACCCUCUGGCCCACUAAUGAACAGUUAGAGGAGAUAAUCAAAGAGGAAAACGAAUGGCACCCCCCGCUUGAGGUGCUGUCGAAGAACAUCGCGGAAAGGGAAAGGCAGGAGGCGGCAAAACGUCAAGAGAAAGAGAAACUGGUCGCGGCUAAUAUGGCCAAGAUGCCCAAGAUGAUAGCCGACUGGCGAAGGGAAAAGCGGGAGGCCAAGAAGAAGCUGAAAGAGGACAAACUCCGCCGUGCCAAAUUGCUGGCCGAGGCCCAGGAGCGUUUUGGCUAUGCGGUGGACUACCGGAGCCCCAAAUUCCUGGAAAUGGUCAAGGAAAUCGAGAAGGAAGAGAAAAAGAAGAAGAAACUAAUGAAACGCAGACUCAGAGAGGAACAGGCAGCAGCACACGCUGCUCCUGUAGCAUCUCCGUAAUCCUAAGACUGACACGUUUUGAAUUAUUGUACAUAAUUAGCUGUCAGACAUGAGUCAAAUAUUAUUUGCCAGUUCUUCACAUCUGUUUUAGGCCUCAUAAGUAGCAGAUGGGGGAUGGUUUGCAUUGAACAUCAAUGUUCUUAAGCAAUUACAGCAGAAGAAAAUGUUUGUGAAAUCGUAUAUAAUUUGUUGUAGUAAACCCCACCCAUUUUCUACUCCCAAGUAGGUAAAUCAAACUUAUACUGUUUGACUCGUGUCGGCCAUCCAUUUUAUAAAAAUGAUUGUAUUUAUAGAAA